GUUACAUUGUUCAAGCCUGAAGAGACUGCAUAUGUUUAUGACUUUCUAAAUGCAUUUUCUAAGAAGAUUUUGAAUUUUACGGAAAGAGGGAAACAUUAUGCAGACCAUCGUUUACAUCUGAAUGGAAGUGUCAUGCAGGGAAUACAUUUAAGUGUUAAAACAGCAUAAAGUGAAGAAAUGGAACUACUUGCGUAAAAUAGUGGUAUGUGACCAGGAAAUUAAAGUUGAUUAUACGAGGCGCGCUCGUAAUCAGUAACAGCGAACCAGGUUCACCGAGGGGUGUGGUGUGGCUGAGAACAUCGAUGGUCUGCAAUAUAACAAUUUUCCUAAAUCCUGAAAGAAUUAUAACAGCUGGUUAAACAAAGAAAAUACCUGAACUGGAAAAAGAUUAUAGAAGCCUACCGCUUUCCGUUGAAAUUAUGGAGCAUGGAAACAAUGAAAAGCAAGAACAGACAGACAAAUCAGAAAGGAAAUUAGGAAAUAAGAGGAAGAGAAAGAGGGUCGAAUCAUUAAAGAAUCAAUUCGACUCAUCUUUAAGACGUGAUAAGGACAUAGAGAAUAAACUACAGAAUCUGAAAAGAAAUCAACAGUUAAUUCUGGAAAAACUAGAUUUGCUUACAAAUUCGAAUGAAAACAAGAAGCCAUCUUUACCAAAUCCUUGUCAACUGAAACCCACACUGCCAGGUUCUUCUGUUGACGAAUGCAUCCAUGGAGAGGUUUUACAGGAAAAUUUGAAAAUGUUGGUUCGAGAUAUGGACCUGUCCAAUGGAUUGAUCCUUGAUGAGAUGCUACAAAAUGGUUCAUUGACGGACAAUGAGGCCCAGGAAAUAAGGGACCUGCCUAGACCAGACAAAUCAAGAAAACUUGCAACGGUGUUAGGCCGAAGCAACAAAACUAAAUUUAAGGAUUUUCUGAGAUUGAUUGAAGAGGACGAAUUUUAUCCUCACAUUGCAAACAGUCUAAGUCAAUCGUACGAGAAAAAACUGCGAGCACAAGGAAAUCACCCUAAAUGUAUUAAGUGUUUUAUAAUCAAAACUGUCAAAGUUAAACAUAUAUUGGAUCAUCUAUGCGAAAACCAUGUGAUAGAUUUAGACGAGGUCAGUUAUUUGAUAAAAGAAGACAGCAGAGAUGUUGAUAAAUUCUGGCGUGAUAUCUUUAAAAAGAUGGAACACCCGGUAUUCGGAGAAAGCUGUGUCUCUGUUUUUGCAGACUCCCUUACAGAGCAUUAUUCUCAUAUUGCUAAGAGAAUUAGAGGCCAACACCACCUGAAGUGUUUUUGUGCGUCCACCAUCUUGUCGUACCCCAGCGAGAGCGGUGGAAAAGCGUCCGAAAUCAGUACGACAUCCUCAAUAAUUCCAGAAUCAAUAGAACAGCUGAACAGUCACAAAUCAAAUGGGAGUGUAGGAAACUCCUCCGACAUCAGCACUUCCACUGUGAUCCCAGAACCCAAACCAGAGACGCGGGAAUGGGUACAGAGACAUCAAAGGUUGACUGCAAUCGCAGAAACCGAAAAAUUAAAAUACUAUACUUCUAUUUCAGACCACAUUAUCAAAUAUGAUUCGUUUAUGACAAUCUCUGAUAACUAUUGGACUUUCGAGAAUUUGGACACGUCAAAAAGUUUCAUGCCUAGCAAAAUUCCGAAAAAUACGCAUUUUCAAAAUAAUAAUCCAUUCAAACAUAUAAUUGUAAACCGAGAGAACACAUCACUAGUUGAAAGUUCUUUAAUGCCACUAAGUGAACGUCUCCAAGAAGUUCCCAAGAUUUUUAACUCACCUGAGCCAAAGGCUCAAGUGAGCUUUUCUGAACACAAUGUGGCCGUUGUCUCUCGUCGUCGUCGUCGUUUUAAAUCUCCCCGAAUUUUUUGGGCUUAAGAAGCACCGCUAGGCAGAUUUCAACCAAAUUUUGCACAAAGCACAACUAGGUAAAGCAGAUUCAAGUUUGUUCAAAUGAAGGGCCACGCCCUCUUUAAAGGGGAGAUGAUUGAGAAUUAUUGAAAAUUUGUUGGUAUUUUUCAAAAAUAUUCUCAAAAACUAUUCGGCCUGAAACGCUUAAACUUUUGUGCAGGCAUUCAGGUAGUUUAGAUUCAAGUUUGUUCAAUUCAUGGUCCCCGGGGGUAGGGAGGGGCCACAAGAGGAGGAUCAAGUUUUACAUAGGAAUAUAUAGAGAAAAUCUUUAAAGAUCUUCUAAAAAAACUAUCAGGCCAGAAAAGCUCAAAUUAAAAUGGGAGCAUCCUCAGAUAGUGUAGAUUCAAGUUUGUUCAAACCAUGGUCCCCGGGGGUAGAGUGGGGCCACAAUUGGGGGAUCAAGUUUUACAUAGGAAUAUAUAGAGAAAAUCUUUAAAAAUCUUCUUCUCAAAAACUAUUAGGCCAGGAAAGCUCAAAUUAAAGUGGAAGCAUCCUCAGGUAGCAUAGAUUCAAGUUUGUUCAAAUCAUAGUCCCUGGUGGUAUGGUUGGGCCACAAUGGGGGAAUGGAUUUUUACAUAGGAAUUCAUAGAGGAAAUCUUUAAAAAUCUUCUUCUCAAAAACUAUUAAACCAGAAAAGCUCAAAUUAAAAUAGAAGCAUCCUCAGUUAGUGUUGAUUCAAUUUUGUUCAAAUCAUGGUCCCCAGGGGUAGGGAGGGGCCACAAGAGGGGGAUAAAUUUUUACAUAGGAAUAUAUAGAGAAAAUCUUUACAAAUCUUCUACUCAAAAACUAUUAGGCCAGGAAAGCUCAAAUUAACAUCUAAGCAUCUUCAGGUAGUGUAGAUUCAAGUUUGUUCAAUUCAUGGUCCCCGGGGGUAGGGAGGGGCCACAAGUGGGGGGAUAGAUUUUUAUACAGGAAUAUAUAGAGAAAAUCUUUAAAAAUCUUCUUCUCAAAAACUAUUGGGCCAAGAAAGCUCAAAUUGGCGUGUAACAAUCUUCAGAUAAUGUAGAUUCAAGUUUGUUCAAAUCAUGGUUCCUGGGGGUAGGGCGGGGCCACAAUGGGGCAUAAUUUUUUUAUAAAUAGAGAAAAUCUUUAAAAAUCUUCUCAAAACUAUUAGGCCAGGAAAGCCCAAAUUUGGGUGGAAGCAUCCCCAGACGGUAUAGAUUUAAGUUUGUUUAAAUAAUAGUCAUGGGGUAGGGUGAGGCCACAAUGGGGGAUGAAUUUUUACAUAGAUAUAUAGAGGAAAUCUUUAAAAAUCUUCUUUUUAAAGAUUAUUUGGCUAGAAAAGCUUAAACUUGUGUAGAAGCAUCCUCGGGUAUUGUAAAUUCAAGUUUGCAAAAUCACAGCCCCUAGUGGUAGGACGGGGCCGUGAUGGCGGAUUGAUUUUUUACAUAGGAAUUUAUAGAGAAAAUCUUUAAAAAUAUUCUGGGAAAGUUUUUGGUCCAAAACUCAGUAUUUAGUGUGAAAGCACAUGUUAUGCAGAUUUAAGUUUGAUGAAACCAUGAUUCCCUAGAAAAAAGUGGGGCCACGAAAUGGGGGGGGGGGGGGUACA